UUGGUUUCUUGGAAGUUAAGUUAGCGUUUAAGGAGGCGCGGAAAUAACAGACCGCGCUGAUUCAAAUCGCCAGGGUAGCCAAUGUUGCUUCAACGGUAAAAUCUCAUUGAGCCUGAUCGAGUACAAAUUAUGAAAUUUAAUUGCACACGCAAGCUACACUUGGGAAGAUGAGCAGCAUUUUAAGUAAAACGGCAAAGGGGAUUUUGUCUUAAAAAGAAUAAGCAGUUUGAGAAUCAGAGUCCAGCAGGAGGCAGAUUCAAGAUAUGGCGAGUGCUGAAAUCAGUCUUCCUCCUAAGGGGGGAUUUUCUUUUGAUUUGUGUAAAAGAAAUGGAAUGCUUGUUAAGAAAGGUGUUGAACCUCCUAAAUUUCGUAAAACAGGCACAACAAUUGUUGGUCUUGUUUUUAAGGAUGGAAUCAUUCUUGGGGCUGACACUAGAGCCACCGAAGGUCCAAUAGUGUGUGAUAAGAACUGUGAGAAGAUACACUGUAUUGCACCAAACAUAUAUUGCUGUGGAGCUGGAACUGCUGCAGAUACAGAAGCAGUAACAGAUAUGGUCAGCUCUCAACUUGAGCUCCAUCGUUAUGCAACUGGUCGGAAAUCACGGGUUAUUAGUGCCCUUACUAUUCUUAAAUCUCAUCUGUCCGGUUAUCAAGGCUAUGUGAGUGCAGCCUUAGUACUUGGUGGUGUGGAUGUUACUGGACCACACUUGCACACUAUAUAUCCUCAUGGAUCAACAGACUCUCUACCCUUUGCUACGAUGGGUUCUGGAUCCCUUGCUGCCAUGGCUAUGUUUGAGUCAAGAUACAGAGAAUUCAUGACAAGAGAGGAGGGAAUAAAGUUGGUUUGUGAAGCUAUUGGAUCUGGUAUCUUCAAUGACUUAGGAAGUGGCAGUAACAUUGAUGUAUGUGUGAUCACAAAGGGCCAAACAGAAUACUUACGAAAUCAUCAACUUCCAAAUCCUCGUACUUAUGUUAGUUCAAGAGGUUAUUUAUUUGCAAAAGGACAUACUGAGGUUCUCUCAACAAAAAUAAUCCCUUUGAGGGAGAAAUUACAAGUCAUCGAAGGGGAUGCUAUGGAAGAGUAGUAUGGAAUCAAAGCUGGAAAUACAUUUUUACAAAGCAAAUGGGGUGCAUUUGUCACAUUAGACGGACAUACAUGUUUUUUAUGAAUUUAUUUCUAUGUUACUGGUUUGGGUUCGAAGAACCCGGUACGACAAAAUUUUGAAAAAGGGUUUGGGUU